AUGAGCCACGGCCCGAGUCCCCGGCUGGCCGAGUCCCCGCAGCUGUCCAAGGGCAGCCUCCUGACCAUCCUGGGGAGCCCGUCGCCGGAGCGCAUGGGCCCGGCCGACUCGCUGCCGCCCACGCCGCCCAGCGGCACGCCCUCGCCCGGGCCGCCGCCCGCGCUGCCCUUGCCGCCCCCGCCCGCGCUCCUGGCGGACGGCGACUGGGAGAGCCGCGAGGAGCUGCGGCUGCGGGAGCUGGAGGAGGCGCGGGCGCGGGCGGCGCAGAUGGAGAAGACCAUGCGCUGGUGGUCGGACUGCACGGCCAACUGGCGCGAGAAGUGGAGCAAGGUGCGCGCCGAGCGCAACCGCGCGCGCGAGGAGGUGCGCCAGCUGCGCCAGCGCCUGGACGCGCUCACCAAGGAGCUGGCGGGCGCGCGGCGCGAGCGCCAGGAGGCGCAGGGCGAGUGCGAGGCGCGGGGCCGCGAGCUGGCGCGGCUGCGGGGCGCCCGCGGGGCCGCGGACCAGACGCGCGACGGCCCCGAGCCGGAGCAGGAGCACGAGCCGGUGCGCGACGUCGGGUCGGAGCGGCCGCCGGGCAGCCAGGAGCUGGAGCUGGUGGAGAGCCUUCUGAAGAGCAGACCGGAGGAGCCCGAGGGCUGCUGGGAGGCACACAGUGUCGGGGCUGGGGGCUCAAGGAGCAGCUCGGGCCGCCAGGAGCGCAGCCGGCUGCUCUGGGAGGACACAGCCACCACUGAGGAGGAGGCCUCCAAGUUGACUGCCCUGCGGCUGCGGCUGGAUGAGUCCCAGAAGGUGCUGCUCAAGGAGCGAGAGGAUAAACUGGCCCUGAGCAGGAACAUCGAGAAGCUGGAGGGGGAGCUCAGCCAGUGGAAGAUCAAGUACGAGGAGCUGAGCAAGACCAAGCAGGAGAUGCUGAAGCAGCUCAGCAUCCUGAAGGAGGCACACCAGGACGAGCUGGGCCGCAUGUCUGAAGACUUGGAGGACGAGCUGGGUGCACGCUCCAGCAUGGACAGGAAGAUGGCCGAGCUGAGGGGCGAGAUGGAGCGGCUGCAGGCAGAGAACGCAGCCGAGUGGGGCCGCCGGGAGCGGCUGGAGACAGAGAAGCUGGGCCUGGAGCGGGAGAACAAGAAGCUGCGGGCACAGGUCGGGGAUCUGGAGGAGGCGCUGGCCAGGCGGCGGCGGCAGACAGCCAGUGCGCUGGACUGCGACCUGCGGGCCAGCCAGGCCGCGCUCUUCGAGAAGAACAAGGAGCUGGCCGACCUGAAGCACGUGCAUGGCAAGCUGAAGAAGCAGUUCCAGGAGAAGGUGGCAGAGUUGGCACACGCCAACCGGCGCGUGGAGCAGCACGAGGCAGAGGUGAAGAAGCUGCGGCUGCGCGUGGAGGAGCUCAAGAAGGAGCUGGCCCAGGCCGAGGACGAGCUGGACGAGGCCCACAACCAGGCGCGCAAGCUGCAGCGGUCGCUGGACGAGCAGACGGAGCAGAGCGAGAACCUGCAGGUCCAGCUGGAGCACCUGCAGUCCAGGCUCCGCAGGCAGCAGCAGAACGCGCCCCUUUUCGGGAAGAUCCGUGGUGCUCGCUUUGGCACUGAGGAGGCCGGGGACGGAGCCAGCGACCUGGACGAGGACGAGGACUUGCAGAUCCAGGUGGCCUAGAGCCUCUCAGGGCUGGACGGGACGGGACCCCCCCGGGGUGCAGGCCGACCUGUCACUUGAACUGACGCAGCUGGCUAGGCUUGCUCUGGGACCAGACCCUGCUCC